AUGCAGCGCGCCAUGAUCCAGGACCCCAUGAAGGUGGACACCAACCGGGGCACGUGCGAGCGGUGCGGCGUGAGCGGCUGCCUGCGGCGGUGCCCCAAGUGCGACACCGCGUUCUACUGCAGCAGGAAGUGCGAGAGGACGGACGCGCGGCGGCACAGGGCCGAGUGCCAGGCCAUAGCGGACGGGGAGGGGGAUGAGGGUGGCAGCGGGGAGGAGACCGGCACGCCCACCCUGGGAGGGGAGGCGGCCAGGCAGCCAGGUGUAGAGGAGGGUCACCAGUCAAAGGCUGCUGCAGCCAAAGGCAGCAGUGGCAGUGGAGAGAAAUCAACUGUAAGCAAGCAACUGACGUGCCACCACUGCGGGACGGCGGGCGCCAAGAAGAAGUGUGGCGGGUGCAACAAGACGUUUUACUGCUCAAGGGAAUGCCAAAGGCAGGACUGGAAGCGACACAGAAAAGAGUGCAAUCAGGAUGCAAAGCCGGGCGCCAAGGCAACUGCACCACUGAGUGCAGCAGAGACUGGACAAAGGCUGAAGGCGGUGGCAGAGGACUGUGGGUUUACGGUGACAAACCUGAAGACUGGCGAACAGGCAUAUGAGGAGUACAUGAGGGCCAUGGCGCGCAGCACAAUGCCCGAUUCACAGUUCGACUAUGGGUUUUAA